AUGCAUUCACCAAAAUUACCUAAACCAUUUGAAGAGAAGAAACGGAAGAAGAUUACGGUGAAAGAAAAGAAUGAGCGAAGAGAAGGAGAAUUAACAGACUUAGCAAGAGGAAUUUAUAUGAAAUGGAAAGGAAGAGAACUUGUUAGAGAAAAUCCAACAUUAACAAUGAAAAUUGCAGAAGAAAGAGCAUUAGAAUUAUGGGAAACAGAACAAGAAGAUGUUAUUCAAACAUAUUUUAAAACGGCUAUAAUUGAAAAUGUAUUAUUAGGAGAAGAAGGGUAUUCUAUUAAGAAGAAAAAGAAUGAUGGAAUGAAAAGAAAAGAAGAAUGGCAUCCUUAUUUGUUGUUUUGUAAAGAACAUCGUGAAGAACUUAAACAAGAAGGUGUUUCUGGAAAUGAAGUUAUGACUAUGUUAAGUGAUAAAUGGAAAGCACUUAGUGAAGAUGAACGUUCUCAUUAUUCAGAACUUGCAAAAGAAAAUAAAAAGAGAGACCUUGGUGAUGAAGAAGAAAAAAAAGAAUUACUUCCAUCACAAUUAGUUGUUCAUUCUACUGACAUUCCACCAUUAAUUAAUUCAAAAUAA